GAUGAUUCGCACAAAAAAAGGACGAUUCUACCGGCUACCGAUCGCACGAUGCUGUUUCUUUGACACACACGUGCGCACAUGCAGUUAUGAGUGUCGUAUCGCCUGUAUAUAACGCCUAGUCCUCUGCUCUGGUCCAGUACCGAUAUGCCUUCUCCUUGGCAUAUAACUUUAUAUUACUAGAAAUGAAUUUAAUAAGGAUAACCCCGUAGUAGAUACUAGUAAAAGCAAACGUAAACUUAGCGAAUCACGAUCUUCGUCAGUUAGGCGAUCGGAUAGAUUGCGUGGCCAACCGAGACCAAAAUAUUGUAAAUAAUCAAUUAAUAGUAAGUUUGCGUUUAGUGGGGAGACUGUAGUGUAAGUAAUUAUGUAUUAUUAUGUACGUACAGGGUUUCGAAUCAUAUAAGGGAACAGUUCAAUCGGUAUGGAGAAAGAUUCAACCGCUCAGGGGAUGUUUGCAACGCUUUGGUGGAACUUUUCACUCGCUUAGGAGAAUUUUGCAAGCAUAUAGGGGAAUGUGUCAAGCAGUUAGGGGAGCCGUGCAAUCAUCCCACACAACAAUCGAGCUGUAAAAUGUAUGGGACGCUGUCAAUUUUUCUGCCGUUUGUAUGGGAGAGCGCGCUGUCAGGCAAUAUUUUUACCCCCGCCAACGCUGUUUCAUUACCUCUUCCUCCCGUGUGUCUAUCGUUCGAUAUCGUCUGACGGUUUCUUCCUUAGCUCUUCUUCUUGUUUAUGCCUGGCUAUACAUACACAUUUUCUCUCGCACUCACUCUUGAGUUUUGUUUUGAAAUAACUGCCACCAUUAUUGUUUACGCUCGUUCAAGUGUUUCAUCAUGUAUGCUAAAAAACUGAAAAAAUCAGGACAAUUAGCCAAAAUCCGAAAAGCUAAUGAAUCCAACUUUCAACGUGAAUCAAAUUCAUCAGAUCCACCAAUCGUUCCCACAACAUCUGAUGAUAUCAUGGAAGAAGCCGUCGAGAAUAAUAGUGAAGUUCUUUUGGACGAAGAUGCUGGAGAUUCUAGCGAACCAUCCGACGACGGUGAACCAGAAAUUGCUUUCGGGAACAAACCGUUUAAAGAUUUGCUUCGGCUGUGGGCACUUUCCUACAAUGUUCCGCUGAAAACUUUAACCGCGCUGCUAAAACUAUUGGACCACAGUACUGAUUUCAACCUCCCUAAGGAUGCGAGAACAUUUUUAAAAACGCCAAUUUUGAUAUCCAAUCAAAUCGCAAAUGUUGCUGGCGGGCAGCUGUGGUACUAUGGGGUAGAAAAAUGCUUACAGCAUUACUUCGGCAAAGAGACACCUGCAACAAGUUUAAUUGCUUUAAACUUGUCAAUGGAUGGAUUGCCCUUACACAACAGUGGACCGACUGAGAUGUGGCCUAUACUUAUGUCCUUGCCUCAUUUGAAACCAAUGCCAGUGUUGGUUGUUGGAAUCUAUUGUGGGUCAUCAAAGCCAGAUAAUAUUGAAAGUUAUCUUAGGCCGUUGGUUGAUGAAUUAAAUUUUCUUCUGGAUCAAGGCACAAACAUCAACGGAAAACUGGUCGACAUUCAGUUACAUGCCAUUAUAGCUGAUUCUCCGGCACGAUCAUUUCUAAAGGGAGUCGCAUAUCACGGUUCAAGGCAUGGCUGCAUGAAAUGCAAGAGCAUCGGAACACAUUUGAAAAGCGCCAGAAAGGUUGUGUACCAAAGCGUGUGUGCAGAUCUCCGUACUGAUAAAGAGUUUCGAGAUGGUGUGUAUAAGGAGCAUUAUAGAUGUAGAAGUCCAUUAUUAGAUCUCAAUGAUUUCGAUAUGAUUUAUAAUUUUGUAGUAGCAGACUUACUUCAUCUAAUAGAUUUAGGAAUAGUCAGAAAAUUAUUAUGGGGUUGGGUAUUUGGCACCCUAAAACCAUUUAAAAAAUGGAAACCUUCUAAGCAACGCAUGAUAUCGGAGCAACUGAUAAAUAUUAAAUUCCCAAGCGAAAUGAAUAGGCAAUUACGAUCUUUGCGUUAUUUAAAGUAUUGGAAAGGAAAAGAGUAUGGAAACUUUUUCCGUCAUGUUAGCAUUCCGAUAUUAAGUGCCAAUCUCAACACACGAGUUUUCGAUCAUUUCAAACUAUUGUAUGUUGCAGUUAUACUACUGACCUCCAAGACAUUUCAACAGCAUUGGGCAUAUGCAGGUAUCUUACUGGAAAGGUUUGUUGGUCAAUUUGGCAACAUUUACCAUGAACAUCAUGUGACCAGUAACGUUCAUAACUUGCUUCAUGUUUUGGUUGAUGUGCAUAGGUUUGGGCCAUUAAGUGAUAUUUCUACAUAUCCGUUCGAAAACAAAUUAUUUUCUAUCAAAAAAUUAGUCAGGAGUGCGCCUCACCCUCUACCACAAGUUGCUAACCGUAUAGUUGAGCUAAAAGAAGUGGAAGUUGCUACAAAUGAUCCAAAACAUACAUUUCCCAUGAUAAAAAUGAUAAAAGAUGAAGUCAUACUGCAGGUGAAUGAAAACUUUUUACUACGCAAAAAUAAUAAAAACUCAUGGUUUUUGACUAAAGACCACACAAUAAUUCAAUACCAUAGCGCAUCAGAAUACUCCGAUGGUUAUAAAAUAGAGGGUUAUAAAGUUUUGAUAAAAGAAAACACAUUUGAAGAUCCCCUUAUCUCUGAUAUCAUAUAUAAUUAUAAGGCAAAAGUAUCGGAUGUAUCAUCUACAUUAAGCCAUGUAUUAGUUAGCGAUAUUAAGUGUAAAUUAGUGUGUAUAGUCUUAAAUAACGAAUUUUUUUUCACUCCUCUUGUUCAUACUAUUGUAAGCGAUUAA